CGUUUGUUCUCGCAGACAGUAAAUGGAGAUGAGACUCUACCUCCCAGAAUACCGAUGCUCAAUUGCCUUAUUUCUUCGUUUCCAUUCUGAGCAAGACAUGCAAAUGUCAGUUUGUAGCAGAUAGCUCCGGCCAGAAAUACUGCAGCGAUGGAAGAAGUUGACAACAUUUUGAUUCACGCCCUCAAAGAAGUUGGCACAGAGGUGAAUGAGGACACAAGCAGCGUCAAACAGUUCAGCAGUGAGCUCAUAGUGGAGGCGGUGGUCAGAUGUAUCCGGGUGAUCGAACCAUGCCUGGGCAGCGCACUGCCCACCUCCCUCCCUCCAGGCAUGUCUGCCCGCUUCAGAGUGUGCACGAGCCUGGCACAGGCCUGUCAGGACAUUGGUUAUAAAGGAGAGAUAGGCUACCAGUCCUUUCUGUACAGCACUGAGCCAGAGAUUCGCUCCCUGCUCAUGUUCCUGGUGGAGAAGCUGCCCAGAGAAAGUGCAGAGGCCUCAGACCAGCCACCAGGUAAAUCGGUGGUCCUCCAGAGAGCAAUCGCUGCUGCAAUCAAAGCCCAACUUGUUGUGCCCUGGCUGCCUCCCAGCUGCAGACUGCCACUGCACAGUGAAACACAAAGUCCAGGAGCAUUGCACCGCUUUCAUGUCCAGCCUCUAAGUUUACCACACUGCACUGAGGAAGCAGGGAAGAAGCAACUGAAAGAGGUGAAGGACUACCAUCGAGACAUUCUUCCUCCUGUGACCGCACAGCCUUCCCAUCAUGCGUCUCUGGUGACGUCCAUAUUGGAGCAGCACACAGCGGAACUCAGUGCUUCACAGGAGGGGUACAACGAGUGGAACAGUCAGGGACUUUUGUCUCGCCUCAAACCACAGGAGUAUCGCUCCAGGAAACUGACCCGGCUGCGUAAACGCAUAGAGGAGCAGAUGCGCUCUGCUGCACUGCCCUCUCUUGAAAGUGCCUUUGGUGGUCCUCGUGCCACCUCUGACUUGUCUGAGGUACUGCAGGCCUUCAGAGGCUCCGCCCCCUCUGACCACAUCCUGACCAAGGGCAGCAACUUCACCCACACUCAGAAGUUCACCUUCACACAGACAUUACCUAGCUCCUCCAUCCCCUCUAGCCAUCAGUCAGAGAGUGAUAUUCAGCACUGUCAGCAAGAGGAGCAGGUAUCACUCCAGCUGCACUUCCAGCACCUCUGCAGUGAUGUUGACCAGCUAGCAGCAGACAUGAAGCACAUGACUGUCACUAAUGCACAGGUGUUGGAUGAGUUCAAGCAAAGAGAGCUGAAGAACUCUGAAAAAGAGGAUAAGCUGCAGGUGAAGAAGAAAACAAUCAACCUGUUGCCAGACUCGGACAACAACCUGCUGAAGCUUCAGACUCUGGUGGAGGCCAGUGCCAAGCGGGUGGUGAACCUGGCCUCUCAGUGGGAGAAACGCCGCACACCCCUUAUCAAUGAGCACCGCAGACUCAAAGAAAUCUGCAGCAAACAAGAUCUGGAGUCAUCCAAAAAGCUGUCUGAAAUCACGUCUCUGCAUGAUAAAAUCCGUGUGUCUACAGAGGAGGCCAAGAAGAAGGAAGAAAUCCACAAACAACUGGUAACAGAGUUAGAAAAUCUUCCUCAGGACGUGUCUCGGUCAGCAUACACUCAGAGGAUUCUAGAGAUUGUCAGCAACAUCAAGAAACAGAAGGAGGAAAUUACAAAGAUUUUGUCAGACACUAAGGAGCUCCAGAAAGAGAUCAACAGCCUGACAGGAAAACUGGACAGGACCUUUGCUGUGACUGAUGAGCUGGUCUUCAAGGACGCCAAAAAAGAUGAAUCCGUCCGCAAAUCCUACAAGUACCUGGCUGCCCUGCAUGAAAACUGUUAUCAGUUGAUUCAAACCAUCGAGUACACUGGUACAAUCUUGAGAGAGAUUCGAGAUCUAGAGGAGCAGAUUGAAACAGAAAACGGUAGUAAAACUGUGGCUAACCUGGAGAGGAUUCUGAAUGACUACAAGGCUAUUCGACAGGAGAACUCCGCACUCGCUGCCAAAGUCAGAGAAGGUUGAAGGAAGUCCAAGUUUGCUCCCCUCUGCCUGCUGAGGUCAAAGAUGUGGUUAAUACCUGGAGCCAUUCGGACCUAAAUAGGACUGAAACAGCACUCCAAUUUUCACACUGUAGAGACUGCUGUUCAUUAACACCAACCUGUGUGGCCAUUGGAGACCUGCUUUUCGAACCAUGGAACUAACAUGGCAUUUUAAUGCACAAAGUGUAUGGAUGGAUGAAGAUUACAAUUAUUGUUUCAUUUCAAACUGAUUUUCUACGGCUGGACAUGCUCUCUUAGGAUCCAUGCACUGGUUUGAUUGCAACACAGCAGACAGCAGAGGGUGCUGGCAGAUCUUUUCUGUUCAAAUGUUAAGUCAUUCAUAUUGAUGUAUGAAAUGUUUUGAUAAGAUAUCUUAAUCAGAUCUUUGACUGGGAAAUUUUAAUACAGAAUUAUUCUACCAUUUUCAGAAAUGAGCAGUUCCUUUUUAUUGACGUGAUGAUGUUUGAACUGAAUAUGGUGGGUGAAUGGCAUUUGAAUGUAGUCGAUUUAAUAAUGUUGUUCAGCCCCAUCAGCAAAGUAUUGUUUUAUAUAUAGUACCAGCUUGAAUAAAGAUGCCUUACAAAAAAACAA